GGUUCGGGCUGCAAGCUUUGGGAGGCUGGGAGGGGAGAGAGGGAGGGGCGCUGACUGGGCAGUCCAAAGAGGAGGGGGCCUUUAAUAGGCUCGCCCAGCUGCUGGCUCUCAGCGCAGCGAGUGGCUGCGGUUCGAAGUGGCCCGGCACCUCCCUCUAGUUCUCGGCUGCAAAUCUCUGUCCUUGCACUUGACAGCGAUUGUACUUAAGCUCCCAGGGCGCGCUUUGCUUGGAAAGGCACAGGUAGGAGGCGCGGGCUGUUCGGUGCACGCUCACUGCUCUGGAAGGAGUCUCUCUCCCUUUGCUCUGCUUUCUGGGAGCUGCGGACUGCCCCGGAGCGUUGGUGGUUCCCGUGUGCCUGCUGCAGGGAGACUCGCCGGCGGCCGGGGAGCCGCGCCGAGCCCUUCUGAGAGUGCGGCAGUGCGCUGCCCGGCGCCAUGCUUCUGCUGGGCAUCUUAACCCUGGCUCUCGCCGGGGGACCCGCUGGCGGGGCAGAACCAGAGCAGGAGGUGGUGGUUCCCAUUCGACUGGACCCGGACAUCAAUGGCCGCCACUACUACCGGAGGGGUCCCGAGGACUCCGGGCACCAGGGACUCAUUUUUCAGAUCACAGCAUUUCAGGAGGACUUUUACCUACACUUAACUCCAGAUGCUCAGUUCCUGGCGCCCGCCUUCGCCACUGAGCAUCUGGGCGUCCCCCUCGCGGGACUCACCGGGAGCUCUGCAGACUUGCGACGUUGCUUCUACUCUGGGGACGUGAACGCCGAACCAGACUCCUUCGCCGCUGUGAGCCUGUGCGGGGGUCUACGCGGAGCUUUUGGCUACGGAGGCGCCGAGUAUGUCAUUAGCCCACUCCCCAACGCCAGCGCGCAGGCAGUGCAGCGCAACAGCCAGGGCGCACACCUCCUCCAGCGCCGGGGCGCCCCUGGCGGGCCACCCGGAGAUCCCACCUCUCGCUGCGGGGUGGCCUCAGGCUGGAACCCCGCCAUCCUGCGGGCGCUGGACCCUUAUAAGCCGCGAGGGACCGGCUUAGGAGAGAGUCGCAGCCGGCGCAGGUCCGGGCGCGCCAAGCGCUUCGUGUCUAUCCCGCGGUUCGUGGAGACACUGGUGGUGGCAGACGAGUCAAUGGUGAAGUUCCACGGCGCGGACUUGGAGCAUUACUUGCUGACGCUGCUGGCCACAGCGGCGCGACUCUACCGCCAUCCCAGCAUCCUCAACCCCAUCACCAUCGUUGUGGUCAAGGUGCUACUUCUUGGAGACCGCGACGCCGGGCCCAAGGUCACGGGCAAUGCGGCCUUGACGCUGCGCAACUUCUGCGCCUGGCAGAAGAAGCUGAAUAAAGUGAGUGACAAACACCCAGAGUACUGGGACACAGCCAUCCUCUUCACCAGGCAGGACCUGUGUGGGGCCACCACCUGUGACACGCUGGGCAUGGCUGAUGUGGGCACUAUGUGCGACCCCAAGAGAAGUUGUUCUGUGAUCGAGGAUGAUGGGCUUCCAUCAGCCUUCACCACUGCCCAUGAGCUGGGCCACGUGUUCAACAUGCCCCAUGACAAUGUGAAAGUGUGUGAGGAGGUGUUUGGGAAACUCCGAGCCAACCACAUGAUGUCCCCAACACUCAUCCAGAUUGACCGUGCCAACCCCUGGUCAGCCUGCAGUGCUGCCAUCGUCACCGACUUCCUGGACAGUGGGCAUGGUGACUGCCUCCUGGAUCAACCCAGCAAGCCCAUCUCCCUGCCUGAGGACCUACCAGGUGCCAGCUACAGCCUGAGCCAGCAGUGUGAGCUUGCCUUUGGUGUAGGCUCGAAGCCCUGUCCCUACAUGCAGUACUGCACCAAACUGUGGUGCACUGGCAAGGCGAAGGGGCAGAUGGUGUGCCAGACCCGCCACUUUCCCUGGGCAGAUGGCACCAGCUGUGGCGAGGGCAAGUUCUGCCUCAAGGGGACCUGUGUGGAGAGACACAACCUCCAUAAGUAUAGGGUGGACGGUUCCUGGGCCAAAUGGGAGCCCUACGGCCCCUGCUCACGCACCUGCGGGGGGGGCGUGCAGCUGGCCCGGAGGCAGUGCAGCAACCCCACCCCUGCCAAUGGGGGCAAAUACUGCGAGGGGGUGAGGGUGAAAUACCGAUCCUGCAACCUGGAGCCCUGCCCCAGCUCAGCUUCCGGCAAGAGCUUCCGGGAGGAGCAGUGUGAGGCUUUCAAUGGCUACAACCAUAGCACCAACCGGCUCACUCUUGCUGUGGCAUGGGUGCCCAAGUACUCAGGUGUUUCUCCCCGGGACAAGUGCAAGCUCAUCUGCCGAGCCAAUGGCACCGGCUACUUCUAUGUGUUGGCACCCAAGGUGAGUGAGCAUGGGGCAGGAGACCAAAGCAGAGACAAAGUCUUUGGGAUGCAUCUGGCUGAACUGCCCUUCUUUCCUUUUCUCCCUUUCCUGGGGGCACUGCAGGUGGUGGAUGGUACACCAUGUACUCCUGACUCCACCUCGGUCUGUGUCCAAGGCAAGUGCAUCAAGGCUGGCUGUGAUGGGAACCUGGGCUCCAAGAAGAAAUUCGACAAAUGUGGGGUGUGUGGGGGCGACAAUAAGAGCUGUAAGAAGGUGACAGGCCUCUUCACCAAGCCCAUGCAUGGCUACAAUUUUGUGGUGGCCAUCCCUGCGGGUGCCUCGAGUAUCGACAUCCGCCAGCGUGGCUACAAGGGGCUGAUUGGAGAUGACAACUACCUGGCCCUGAAGAAUAGCCAGGGAAAGUACCUGCUCAAUGGGCACUUCGUGGUGUCGGCCGUGGAGCGGGACCUGGUGGUGAAGGGCAGCCUACUGCGCUAUAGUGGCACAGGGACCGCGGUGGAGAGCCUGCAGGCCUCCCGGCCCAUCCUGGAGCCCCUGACCGUGGAGGUCCUCUCUGUGGGCAAGAUGACGCCACCCCGGGUCCGCUACUCCUUCUAUCUGCCCAAGGAGCCUCGGGAAGACAAGGCCUCUCACCCCAAGGACCCCCGGGGCCCCUCUGUGCUCCACAACAGUGUCCUCAGCCUCUCCAAUCAGGUGGAGCAGCAGGGCGACAGGCCCCCUGCACGCUGGGUGGCAGGCAGCUGGGGGCCUUGCUCUGCAAGCUGUGGCAGUGGUCUGCAGAAGCGGGCGGUCGACUGUCGUGGUCCCCCAGGGCUGCAUGUGGCGUCUGCCUGUGAUGCAGCCUAUCGGCCAGUGGAAACGAGAGCCUGUGGGGAGCCCUGUCCGACCUGGGAGCUGGGUGCCUGGUCGCCUUGCUCCAAGAGCUGCGGCCGGGGAUUUAAGAGGCGUCCACUCAAGUGUUUGGGCCCUGGAGGGCGGCUGCUGGCUCGGGACCAGUGCAACCUGCGCCGGAAGCCCCAGGAGCUGGACUUCUGCAUCUUGAGGCCAUGCUGAAUAGGACUGCCCUUUUCUCCUUCUUACUCUCUGCCCAAUUGGUGCUGCCACUGUUCUGACCAGCUGGAGCCGUGGGCAGAGGGCAGUGGCUGGGGGUCCAUGCCAUGACGUCACCCACUUCCAGGGACAAGGACCAGGGACAGGGGUGAGAGGUCCCCUCUUCCUCCCUGGCCUCGGUGGGGGAAGCCAAGUGACUAAUGCACAGUCUACCUCACGCCGGGCUCCUCCAGGGCCCAGUCUCUGGGAGAGGCUGAGAGGUGCGGGCACUGGGCAGAGGCGCCGGGGCCCGGUUUCCAAGGGACCUGGAGGAUGGGCACCUCCCAGGAAGAACUUCAGGGACCUUGGCCCCCGUCAGGGAGGCCACAGGCUGCUGGAAGAGCCAUGGCCCAGCAGCUUGGCACCCUCAGGUGGCCCCGGGGGGCUCUAAGCCGUUUCUGAACAGGCAGGUUUUUAUGGUGCUGUCAGCCCACCUUUUCUUUCUGACUGACAAGGACUGAAUAAUAAAAAAUGGCUGGGGUGGGCAAAAACUGGUGGGAGAGUGGGAUUAAGUAUAACUGGAGCCUGGGCCACCCCGUUUGGGAAGAGGUAUAUGUGUAGGGGGAGUCUGGAGGUUUCUCAUCGGUUUUCUACUCCUGGCCCUCCUUGAAGAGCCACCCACCUCUUCUCACUGUGUUGUCUAUGACAUCAGGCUGGUGGGAGGGCUUCCAAGUACAUGCCCUCUGACACAUUGCAUAUAGAUAUAGGAAGCCAAUAGGGAGCCUACUGCCUUCUUCAAGAGGGAUCUGACCAUUAAAAUAAGAUACAAAGGAUGAUGGAUUCUGUGGUAAAGCACGGAGUUUGAAGAGUGAUGUAGGGGGUUCUGUAUCACUGGUGGCUGGGCUUGAACUUAUGGCACACAACACCCUGGGAUGGGGAGGAGGAGGCCCCAGUUUAGAUGGCUUCUUCCUCCAGAGAGGCAGGUAUAAAUAGGGCUGCUACCUUAGGGUCUGUGUUGCCUCAGAGAACCUUCAGAGUGGCCAUGGUCUUGUCCCCACUAAGAAGGGCGUGGGAAAUGCACAGAGGGCUAGGUGCUGAACAUCCACAUGCCUGCAGGUUGGUUUUCAUCUGGCCAGCUACAUGUGGUCUGGCUUUGGGCACAUCACAUGACAUUGCAGUUGGAUAGUGGGGUUCACUGUUUGCUACCUCAGGCUAUGCUCUCUGGGAACCAACAUUUGUCCCUCCCCAGGGGCAGUGGUGACCCUGGUGCUUCCAGCAGACCUGGCUGUUGUCCUCCUAUAGACUGAGCUGCCCAGACACAAAGAUGAUUGUGUGGUACAUUGUGUCCUGCUCCGCAUAGCCCAGCCAACCACCCACUGGUGUUCCAAAUAUGAAGACAGGAUCUCUCUCCUCAAGUGCCUUGGGGACAAGUUUCAGGUGACACCAAGAAUCAAUAAUCUGACCCAGAAGCCCUUGGCAGCCACAAUGGGAACUCCUGUCUAUCCUGGAAACAUGUUGGGGAUAUAGAUACCAGGGUGUUUCCUAUAGCUCCACAUGGGAAGAUGUUUUGGAGUUAGCAGUCUUUGGUUAAGCAGGGUAUUUCUUGAAGGUGCAGCUGCUCCAGCAUGUACAUGGGAGAUUCUGCUUCUGAGUCACGUAAUAUAUACUGGACUUUAGCAAGGUGACAUCAGAGCAAGUAUCUUCCCUGGGAAAGGGGUUCAUUCCUUUUAUUUGGCAUCCCCUAAUAGCCAGAACCCACAAACCAGCCAUCCAGGCAAGCCUCUGGGAUGGUUUUCCAAAUUCCAGCCUAACCCCAGGCUGAGCCCUUGAACAACGCUCCCCCAGAGGGGCUGAGGGCAUGUGGAUUUCUGAGGCAGGGCUGCAGUCACUUCUGAAGACUGAAGCGAGGAGGAAUCUUCCCCCCUGCAUGGGUGAACACUGUGGGGCUGCAGCAUCAAAGGGAACCCAGGGCUCUAGGGCAGAUGUGGACCCCCACUAGCCGACGAUAGCACUGCACCCUGUGCUUGGUGCACCCAUCCUUGGUGAGGAGGUGGUGGCACAGGGGCUGUGCAGAAUGGGCAGGGGAAUGGGGUGGGAGGGAAGGGAGCUGCCAUCAGUGGGGGUGACUGGCCCCCUAGCAGAGCAGCUUUACAAAUUAUUUCAAGGAGGGACAACCUAUCUUGUUCCUGACACAAGCUGGGUCUCAGUGCUUUUUGCUGUUGUGAUGUCUUUCUUUUUCCUUUUUUUUUUUCUUUUUAAAAUAAGUAUGACCAAGACAACUUGGGAGGUUUGUCUUAUCCUUGACCAUUUUGCUAAUCCAACCAUGCUCUCCAAGGCUGAGCAGAGACAAGCCUCAAGGUAUAGGUUUCUGGUGAUGGGAUAAAGAAAAAAAAAAAUUAAGGUGGUAUCUCAUGUCUGUGGAAGAGGAGGGAGAUUCUGUGGGCUCCAGAAACUUCUUCCAUGGGGUGUGGACCAGUAAGGAUCUGGGCUCUGGAGCCCCCUGCCUCCUCUGCCCUUUGUGUGCACUGACUGGAGGAGUCCAACCUUGUGAACCUUGCUGUGCUGGAGUAGAGGGCUGGGUGAGCUGGGGGGCUUGGUUGUUCCCAGCCCGGGAGUUGGCUCCCAAAGGCACUAGACACUGUCACUUACAGAGCCCCCUUUGUGUUUGGUUCUUUUGCAUUCCACGUGCUGCAGAAGGAUGGAAGGACCUGGGUACUGGCUAGGCUGUGUAUACUGUGUAUACAUGGGAGCUGGCUGCUGCAGGGACGACAGCCUGCUCCUAAUAAAGUUGUAAGUAUUUAAAAUCUGUGUCCUGCUUCUGUGAUU